UUUGCCAAAAACAGCUGCAGGUUAUCACAAAUCUGUUAUAAGGAGGUUUGUCAACUUGUAAGAAAAAUACAACACAAAACACUCUUUUCCAAAUACCCGCUCCUAACGUCUCAGGGACAGAGGUGUUGCCAAACUCCGUGGGAGGCACGUGAGGGUUGGUAAACAGGGGCUUGGAGUGCAAUAAAGGGGUAUGAACCCUGUGUGGGAGGAGGACAGGCCACCCAGCAUCAGUCAGCUUACCUGUGAGGUGAGCUCCACCUGCCCCGGAGGGCGGCUCUGGCCCCAUCUCAGGAUGUGACUGCAGGGGACUCAUCUCCUCUUCCCGCACCCUCCUUCAAGCCCCAUGGCGUCCUGCCCCAUCCUGCAGAGGGAGAGAGUGUUCCAGUUGGGAGCCCAUGCCUACAGGAUCCCCGCUCUGCUCUACCUGCCUCAGCAGAAGACCCUGCUGGCCUUUGCAGAAGAGCGGACAAGCGAGAAGGAUGAGCACGCGAAGCUAAUUGUCCUGCUCAAGGGAAGCUACAACGCGUCCACCCACCAGGUCCGGUGGCAUGCACAGGAGGCGGUGGCCCAAGCCCAGAUGGAGGGCCACCGCCCCAUGAACCCAAGCCCCCUGUACGACGAGAAGACAGGGACCGUUUUCCUCUUCUUCAUUGCCGUCCUUGGGCAGGUGUCCGAGCACCACCAGCUUCACACCAGGGUCAACGUGACACGGCUGUGCCAGGUCACCAGCACCGACCACAGGAGGUCCUGGAGCCCCGUCAGGGACAUCAUGGACUCUGUCAUUGGCCCGGCCCACAGAUGGGGCACUUUCGCGGUGGGCCCGGGACACUGUCUCCAGCUGCACAACCCGACGCAGCUGGUGCUCCCAGCCUACACUUACUGCACCCGUCCCGCCCUGCAGGCGCCUACCCCUUCCGCCUUCUGCCUGGUCAGCCACAACCACGGGAACACGUGGGCGAGAGGGAAAUUCGUGGCCUGGGACACCCUGGAGUGCCAGGUGGCCCAAGUUGGGGAUGCAAAACGGAGGCUUGUGUACCUGAACGCGAGAAGCCCCCUCCGAGCCAGGGUCCAGGUCCAGAGCGCCAACGACGGGCUCGAUUUCGGGGAGACCCAGCCAGUGCAGAAGCUCGUGGAGCCUCCCCACGGCUGCCAAGGGAGCAUCAUUGGCUUCCCCAGCCCCCGUGCGGGAUGAAUCCCAGACCGGUGACUGCUCUACACGCACCCGACUGACCCACGGGGGAGAGCCAACCUGGGCGUGUACCUCAACUGACAGCCCCCUGCACCCUAGGCCUGGUCGGAGCCCCCCCUGCAGACCCCGGGCAGCUGCGCUUACUCAGACCUCCAGAGAAUGGGCGCCGGCCCCAAUGGGUCACCCCAGUUUGGGUGUCUGUACGAAUCGGAUGAUUACGAGGAGAUCGUCUUUGUCAUGUUCACCCUGAAACAGGUCUUCCCAGCUGAAUUUUUGCUGCAGUGAGCCCGCUGUGUACUGCCCAAGAGGGCUCUCCCCACCGAGAGGCUGGCCGUUUCCUUCCUCCCAGUGCCCUCUGGACCUGGGAGGCUGCCUCUCUGUUCCCUUUGUCGAAGGUGUGCAAGUGCAAGUCUGUCUCUGGGCUCCUUUCCGCCUGCACUGUCUCAGCCUUCCCAGAGGAUUCUAUUUGCAGCCCAGAAACUGAAGGAACCUGGCCUCCUGGAGCCCCUUGGUUCAGCCUGCCUGCUCCCCCCAGCCCAGGUUUUCUGCAGGUCUUGAUAAGUUAACUAGUCCAGCCCGUUUCCUCUUAGCAAAUGCUCAUCAGGUUCCUGGGCAAAGGCUGGGACAAAGCUGUAAAUUAGCAAAGAUGUGUGCGUAUGUUUGUGUGCAUGUGCGUACGUUUGUGUGCGUGUGCGUAUGUCUGUGUGCGUGUGCGUAUGUUUGUGUGCGUGUGCGUAUGUUUGUGUGCAUGUGUGUCUGUCUGUCCAUGUCUCUGUGCGUGUCCUCAAUGCUUUAGAGCAGGUAGCAUGGGCAACAGCACUGCAGGGGGGUAAGGCAGAGCCUAGGAAAAGUAAGCUGGCUUAGGUUGUUGUGUUAGUUUCCCAGGGCUGCUGUAACAAAGUACCACCCAUUUAGUGGCUUAAAACAACAGAAAUUUACUCUCUCACAGUUCUGGAGGCUAGAAGUCCAAAAUCAAGGUGUGCUCCCUCCCGAGGCUCUAGGGGAGAGUGCUUCCUGGCCUCUUCCAGAUUCUGGUGGCCCCAGGCCUCCCCUGGCUCGUGGCUGCAUCACUUUCAUGUCUGCCUCCGUCUUCUCACGGCUUUCUCUUCCUCCCUCCCUGCUUCCUCUUCUGUAUCUUUUAAGGACACUUGUCAUUGGAUUUAGUGCCCACCUGGAUAAUCCAGGGUGAUCUAGGAUAAUCCUUCACUUAAUUACAUCAGCAAAGACUCUUUUCCAAAUUAUGUCACAUUCACAGGCUCUGGGGUAGGACAUGGAUGUAUCUUUGGGGGCCGCCACUCUACCCACUACAGUCAUCGUAAGUUAUUCUUCUAUAGGUGAUGUGGCUAAAGGUAGGAACGAAAUUCCAAUGAAUCAGGUAAUUCAGAAGA